CACAUAAAGUCUGGAUAUAAGCCAUCUGAGGAUAGAAAUUAAUCAAAGGGAAAAAAAAUCCCUAUCCCUCCCUCUGAAGAGAUGGGUUUUAGGAGCUAUCAUGUAGAGGACAAAAACCUUUGCUUCCAAGCUCCUACUUUCAUUGAAUGGCUCAAGCCAUCUUCCUCUCCUAAUUCUUCUUCACUAUCCUCUUCGUCGUCGUCGUCAUCAUCAUCAUCAUCUUUAUCUUCUUCUUCUUCUUCUUCCUCUUCUUCCUCUUCUGUGACUAAACAAGUGCAGUUUAUAAACCCCAUGACCAUCUUGAAACUGCCUGUCUCAUUUCAACAGCAGCAACAAGAAAUUGUGCAGGAAACUAUUCAAUGCCUACCACUUUUGAGCAGGCUUUCAGAGAACAAACCAUUGAAAGAGGAAGAUGCUGGAAUGAAAAAGGAGAUCAAUAUUGGGAUUAAGGAAGAGAAGAUAGAGAAAGUCACGGUUUCCUUGCACAUUGGGUUGCCUAACACCGGAGAUCCUGUUAUUGAGAACAAGGUUUUUAAGGGAGAAGAACCCAUCAAGAAAACCUUCCAUGGGUGUUCUUUCAACACAGAGAGUAGGUUUUGGAUCCCAACUCCAGCGCAGAUCCUCGUCGGCCCGAUGCAGUUUGCUUGCUCCAUAUGUAGCAAGACGUUCAAUAGGUAUAACAACAUGCAGAUGCAUAUGUGGGGGCAUGGCUCUGAAUAUAGGAAAGGGCCAGAUUCACUUAAAGGAACACAACCAGCAGCAAUGCUAAGGCUGCCAUGCUAUUGCUGUGCUCAAGGCUGCAAAAACAACAUCAACCAUCCUCGAGCUAAGCCAUUGAAAGACUUCAGAACACUUCAAACUCACUACAAAAGGAAGCACGGCGCAAAGCCCUUCAUGUGCAGGAAAUGUGGCAAAACGUUUGCUGUCAAAGGGGAUUGGAGAACUCACGAAAAGAAUUGUGGCAAAUUAUGGUAUUGCACUUGUGGCUCUGAUUUUAAACACAAAAGAUCCUUGAAAGAUCACAUUAGGUCUUUUGGCAAAGGCCAUUCCCCUCACCCUUCUCUUGAAGGAUUUGAAGAUGACAAGGAAUGCAUCACUGGUUCAGAAGACGAAUUCGCUCACUAGAUCCCUGGUUGAUCAUCGAUCAAGUGCCUUUUGCAAAGCUUUUUAAUUUUCUUUUCAAUGUUUUAGCUUGUUUGGAGAUUUAGCUUUGAAAGUUUCUUAGGUUUCAUCCAAGCUCGUGCUCGGUAACAAAAAAUUCUCAAACAAAGAUUGCACGAAGGCAAGAGAGGGAGCGGUUUGCUACGGAGCACUUGCUGAGAGAUGAGCCUUGGUAAACUUUUUUGGAAACCUUGUGGUAGCGUUAAUGGGAAUAAACAAAAAAAAAAGGGUUACCUCAAGUGGUGAAGUAGAUGAAUUUUCUUCUCUUCAAAUGAUGAAGAUUUCCAAAAGAUUCUAUCACUUUUCUAAGGGAGAAAAUUUAUCCGCUUCAUUGCUAACUGGUAACCUUUAAUAGCUAGGAGGAUUGUAUUGUUUUCUGGACAAUUAUUAUCUUUUCUGUUUA